UGAUGAUAAUUCACCACCACAUGGUCCAUCAGGAUAGCAUGGAGAGAUGAAUUUCCUGUUCACCAAUGUGUACCGGUAUUUUCGAUAUUCUACUAGUAUUCAUGCACUGCAAACUAUAGCGGUACUUUUCAUGUGCAUUUUGAAUUUAUAUGAGGCGUUCUGCAUAGCUGAUGCCUGUGAGAUCACUAUGGAACAGUCUUCCAAAACAUCUUAUUUAUUAUAUCGGUUCAACACACUUAACUUGGAUGCUGGAUUGAAACAAAAUAUUGAACUGUUUCUUAUACAAUUAAUUCAUCAACCGGUAAAAUUCACUGCUUUCGGAAUGUUCACAAUGGGCUACACGGUGCUGUUUUCAAUAAUCACCUCAGUCACUAGCUAUUUGAUCAUAAUGAUUCAAUUCGAGCUCACAGACAAUUGUACUGCAAAAAUUCACCAUUAAACACCAAAAAUGCCGUUUUAUUGAGUACUUAAUCUUUAUUCCUUCAAUAGC